CGACGGGAGUAGAUGUGUUGUCGAAUUCUUGAACGUUCUUCUCGCGUGUUUUUAAAUUCGCGAGUGUUUCUGGAUUACAUACUUUGAUUUUACUAAGUGAAGUUUCUGUUAUGUGUUCAGUUUAGUGUGUGUUGGAUUGUUUUUUAAGUGACAAUGUGGUCUGGUAAGAAGCAAGAUGGAGCCCCCGGGUCUCCCACCGAAGAGGAGAUCAAAGUGGUCCUAGUAGGAGACACGCAAUGCGGCAAAACCUCGCUGGUGCAGAGGUUUGUCUCCGACACUUUUAUUGAGGCAUACAGUCCGACGGGUUUCGAGAAAUACGGGUACACGUGUACAGUGGCUGAUUUCAGAGUCAACUUCUCUGUUUGGGACACGUCAGGAACGACCUCGUAUGACACCGUCAGGCCUCUGGCGUACCAGGACGCGAAGAUCUUCAUGCUAUGCUUUAACGUGGCUGAGCCUGAAUCCCUACACAAUGCUGCUGCUAAGUGGUACAGAGAAGUGCGGACACACGGCGGUUCCGCUCCUGUACUUCUUUGCGGCUGCAAAGCUGACCUUCGACACGACAAAGAAACCCUCACCAUGCUGUCCAAGCUUAAAGCCCACCCUGUCACAAGCGAAGAGGCACUCGGCGUAGCGAGACAGCUUGGCGCAACGACCUACGUCGAAACGUCAGCGCGAGCGUCGAGUAAAGGCGUCAAAGACGCUUUCGAAGUAGCCGCCUUUGCCGCACUGGGGAAACUGAACAAACAACAGAUGAAACAACAGAAGCAGCAAGUCGGGCGCAGCAAAAGCAAGCGCGACCUGAAGGCAGAGCUGAAGGGACGAGCCAAGAGUUGCUGCGUUAUGUGAUCCGGGGCCGGCCACCCCUCGCGGUGGCCGCACGACGUUUAAGCCAUCGCGAACUCUUCUAGAGUGGUUAAAGCACCAGUUUUAAGAAAUUCAAACCUUACGGAGUUGUUGCGUCAUAUGAUCUAGGGCCGACCAUCCUUCGCGAUGGCUGCACGACGUUUAAGCCAUCGGGAACUCUUCUAGAGAGGUUAAGCACCAAUUUUAAGAAAUUCAAACCUUACGGCGUUAUGUGAUCUAAGGCUAAAUUAGCGUUGACUGCACGAUGUCUAAAAAUCCUGGAGAUCUACCAGUAUAACAAUAUUCAAACGAGGAGCUGUCAUUGGCUAUGAUUUUUGAAGCUAAAAGUUUGGACGCGGCCAUUUUGCCCAAGGCCUGUGAAAAGAUGGAUCUAGGCUCCUUGGUCAAAUUCUAGUAAAAGGAAUUUUCGCCUGGAACUCUAAUUCUAACCGCAGCUGAGGCUCCAGAUAUGGAAGGAGGCUUUUAGGCGUCAAGGAUCCGCCCUUAGUCUAAUCAGUGACAGAAAAGUUUUCAUGGCCUGUUAAAAUCUGUGUUUGAAUUGUUGACUCACAAAAUUGUGACGAGUGACUUUGAUAUUUCAAGUUUGAAAUGAAAAAGUAUUUUUAGUAUUGUGUUAAGUUAGUUAAGUAUUGGCGUGAUGAUUGUUUGGACUUCCUUGAGAAAUAUCAGUGAAACUAAGGUGCAAUCUAAGAAGCUAUGAAAAAAGGAGCCUGUGAUAAUCUAUAAUAGGAAUUCGUAAACGAGACUCUUGAGAAACGAUAGUUACAUCCUUGAAAAGAGUCGAAGAAAUUUUAAUAGGACGGUUUGAGGCACACUCAGUCAGUAAAAUUUUAAUAAAAGUAGUAAUUAGUAUUGUCUUAAAAGUGAUUUGCUAGAAUUGCUAGAUAUGAGACAUUGCCCUUUUGUCGCUUAAGCCUAGUUCGGAAUAGGCUAAUAAUAUAGUCAAAUGGCUUGUAUUUGUGUCUUUGCAGGUAUAAAGAGUCCCUACACCCAUAGCAGCAUACACCCUUUUCGCGUGCAAAGUCACAAAUAGUCGACAAAAAUACUAAUGUACUUGUAGUCCGCACCCUACACUAUCGUCUCUCGAGCGUCAGCGUAUAGUCAACAAUGGAUUUUGUUCGACGCAACUUGACAGCGACGGCAUUUUCCAUAGCGCUUGCUAGACACCGCUCAAAAGACGUUAGUGUGUGGUGGCCUUUAGAAGGUUUAGGUACAUCAACGUUGUUGUAGUAGAAGCCCAAAAAUAAUGCAAAGUACCUCUUGUCUCUAGCAAUAUCACAUGCAUUAUGUAGGUAAUAUGUAAAUAUACGAACGUUAAGGUGUUGAACGCAAAAUAGUUCGUAAUACUUGUUUAAAUCAAAAAGGUACUGAAAUGUUAUAUAAAUGUCAAAGCGUCGUAAUAUUCUAAUGAAAAAAUGUAAAAAGAUAUGUAACGGAAAAUAAGUGUUUUCAUAUACAAUAAAUAUAGAUAAAAUACUUAGUGUUUUUCUAUUACAAUAGCAUUUUCAAAUUGGUGUAUAGUUAUAAAGUUACGAUAUUUUUUUCUGUAGGACCAACGUUUUAUGCGCUGUAUAUAUAUAAAUUAGUAGAUAUGUGGUUGUUUGUCAAUGCGAAGCGUUUUCUUAUAGUUUGUGAUAUACAUACGUAAAGUAAAAAAAAAUAUGCACAAUUAUGGACAAUACGAUUGAAUAAUGGUCCAGGUAGUACCACGUCCAUAUUUGCUACGUUAGAAGUUAAAAUUUUGUACCGUUACGAACUUACGAUGUUAAAUUUAGUAUCUGCCUGCGACUCAGUACAUUUUUAUUUUGUAGACCUAUAAAUUAAUUUUAAUUUGUUUACAUUUCACAAUUGAAUGUAAAAUGUCUUGCUACAAAAUUUCUUCUAACCAAAAAAAAGGGUUUAAAGUGACAAAAUUAAUAUGUAAAAUGCCUUUUUUACUAACGAUAAACUAUCGACAUAGCUACAAUGGAAAAAUGAUAAAUAUUAGUUUUAAUUUAAUUUGUAAGUAAACUUUAAUUCUUUUUUUUUAUAUAGUUUUCAUGUAGUUAGUCGAUAUAAAGCUUUAAAUUCAAUGUUAGCUUUAAUUACCGGGUAAUGUUAUGUAUACCUAUUUAAAUACCUAUAGCGUUAUAUUGAGGAUACUGCUUUUAGUAAAAAAAAUGAUUUUAAUUAUAAGUGACUUUCCGUUACAGAAAAGUUCUUAUGGUUCAAGUGUAAUCGUACAAAAUUCUAAAAAUAAUAUAGUCACUACAUAGAGGUUAAACUGACAUAUUCAAAAUAAAUAUUAAAAUACACCGACGUGC